UCACCGUACUAAAAUAUCAUUGAAAUAUCUCAAGCGGUUACGAAAAAUAUUCAUUAAUUUCCGUUUUUUCCCUAAAACUUUAGCACCCCGUAUAGUCGUAACAGAAUAUUUUUAGAGCAUAUAGUUUAUAAAGCAAAUUAUUAUUAAUUUUUCAUGUAGAUUCACACCUUUAAAUAAUCGCUUAUCAUUAAAGAGCACUCUGUAUAUUUUGCUAUAUUCACCGAGUUAUAUCACCUUAUAUUUACUUGUAGGAUCCCAUAUUCUCGGAAAGCACUUCAAUAGAUUCAAUUUUGACUUUAUUAACAAAACUGUUUGCACAUUCCUUAAUUUUAUCAAUUUAAUUAGAUUAUUAUUUCUAAUAACUAAUCUUCGUGGUAGGUAUUAAAAAUAUUAAUAAUAUUCGGUAGCGUACCUGAUAUUAUUUGCACAACUGGCAGAUAUAAUACCUGUAAUCAAAAUACUGCUUUUUUUUCACAUCACAAUCAAUCCAAAAAGCCGAUGUUUUAUAGAGCCUUACAUAUAUUUAACGUUUAAAAUAGAAGAUGAUGAUAUCUCAGUUCGUAGAACAGGUACAAAUUUUAAUGGAUAUUCAACAAAUAAAAAUGGACGAAGCAGAACGCUUUCGAAUCAAUUCUAAAUAUACCUGGUUGUGCAGCAAAAAAGUAACAUUUGUCAUGUUAUCUUUUAGACACGAGUUCAAAAUUCGACAGGCCUUGACAAAGCUUUCACUGGAACACCAAAUCGACAUCCUCCGAAAACUAAUGAAGUGGCUAAAGGACCAUCCAGAUACGAACGUAACACGCAUUCCAGAUUUAACGUUGGACCUCAUAAACAACACCAUCAUGGCGAACCUGGUCAGCGAAACAAACUUUUCCAGAAUGAACAGUUUUAGAAACAGUUUAAGACGAUUCUCCAUUUUGUCCAAUAGAAUUGCUCCUGCGGUCGUAGUCGAGAAAACCAAAUCUGUUACGUUCAAAGAACAGCCCAUGAUUUAUAAUAUUUCUAAUAAAUGAAUAUUCAAGUCUCAAAUCUGAAAAUUUUUCCUAAUGUAAUAAAAAAAAUGCUUUAUGUUUCGUAUUAUGGUUUUAAAAUCAUACAAGAGUUAUCAGACAUUCGCUAAAUACGAGUGAAAUACUUCAGUCUGUUUCAAACAUUUGACAUAACUUUUUGUACCUUUACGAGAUGUGGGAUGUUUGACAUUUAAUGAUUUUAAAUCAAUAUUUAAAGCAUACAUUAAUAGUAUUAGAUUUUUUAUAUUAUUGACAUUUAUGUAUUUUGGCGUUUAUAAAAUAAUUCUAACAGUUAAUAUGACUUUUUUGACGUUUACAACCCAUAAAUAGAACAUUUGACAUAUAUUUUUUGAAUGUCCGAUUAUUGACAUACUUUUUUACGUUUACGAGAAAUAGUUGACGUUUCACAUGCAUUUUAAUGUUUUUGACGUUUGACAUGACUCUCUUGAGGUAUAAAUAACGUAAGCCAAACAUUUUGAUAUGCCUUUUUGUUAGUUUCUUAUAUUGGAUAUGAAUAUUUUAUUACUUUUUUGUUUGUUUGAAACGUAAUUUUUAUCAUUAGAAGUUCCUUCUGAUUUAAGCGAAGCGAAUAUUCUGCAUCAUCUAUUUUUACUAAUCUUAUUACUGAUAAUACUUUUGAAGCGAUACAGAAGGGAUCAUUUAAGGAAUUACAUGGAUAUUUGAGGGAAACGUUAAAAAAAAUCUGAAAGCAAGACAUUUAUUAAAAUGCAAUAAUAAUUUAUAAAUAAAAAUUCAACUAUUAUGUAUAAAAAGAUAAAUAAUCUGUUCAAAAAACAAUCUGAUGUUCAAUCCAACUCAACGACUUCCGAUUUCUUCAAAUAACUUUAAUCCUUGAUAAUAGUUAGUCAUAAUAAUAAAAAUAAUAAUAAUAAUAAUAAAAAACAAAAACUAUGUACAAAAACAGAAAAGAACAAGAAUAAGGAGAAAAGAAGAAAAAGAAAAAAUUAGAAGCAACGGCUCGACAGUGGCGGCGAGCGGUCAAGAUCGAUCAACAUUUGUUUGUUUUUUUUUUGAGUUGUGUUUGUGUGUGUAUUGUUACUUAAUUUCUAAUAAAAAGGCACUUAAUUAAAAAAUGAAAAAUAUUUUUAUAAUGAAACUGUACAAAUAACUACUUUCACUGGUCAGUAGAGUCAAUUUUACAUUCAGUCACAUAAAAGGUUACAAUACAACACAAAAUUAUUCAUGAAUUUCCGUCGCCGAACUUGAAAGAAGUUGGCACUGCUUGUUGGGUGAAGAUAUAACCUGA